GACAGCUGCGUCGAGUGGUUGUCGGUGGGAAGUCAGUACGCUGUUCGGAGAUACCGAGGUGAUGUGCCAAAGGGAGAAUGAAGGUCGAAACUGGGAAAUGGAAUGCUAGCAUGUAGAUAGUCUGUUUUUGCACAGUCCAGAUGACAGUGAGUAAACAUCUUCCAUCAAUCCAUCGCAACAAAGCCCUAUCUGAGCUAGUUAAAUGGAAGGAGCAGCGAGGCUAUCGGAGUUCGGGCAAGGCACUACAUCAUCUGCGGCUCUAGUGCCCGAUGAUACUGAGACCGUCAUCGGUGUCAGUUAUGGGAUGGACGGAGGUGAUUCAGAGGCGGCUAAAAAGGCCUAUAUAACAGAGAUGCCUUCAUCAUCCUGCCAUCCUGGCUCCGGGCCGGAGAAGAAGAUUGGUCACAGAAGAGUGGAUGCCUCAGGAGAGACCACCUACAAGAAGACCACAUCCUCUGCCCUGAAAGGUGCCAUCCAGCUUGGCAUCGGCUACACAGUGGGCAACCUGAGCUCCAAGCCAGAGAGAGAUGUCCUCAUGCAGGACUUUUAUGUGGUGGAAAGCAUCUUCUUUCCAAGUGAGGGCAGCAAUCUGACCCCAGCCCAUCAUUUCCCAGACUUCCGUUUCAAGACCUACGCCCCCCUGGCAUUCCGCUAUUUCCGUGAACUCUUUGGCAUUCGGCCUGAUGACUACCUGUACUCUCUGUGCAAUGAGCCUCUGAUUGAGCUCUCUAACCCUGGUGCUAGCGGCUCCAUCUUCUACGUAACCAGGGACGACGAGUUCAUCAUCAAAACAGUCAUGCACAAAGAGGCUGAGUUUCUGCAGAAGCUGCUGCCUGGAUACUACAUGAACCUGAACCAGAACCCUCGUACGCUGCUGCCCAAGUUCUUCGGCUUGUACUGCGUGCAGUCUGGCGGGAAGAACAUCCGGAUCGUAGUGAUGAACAACGUUCUGCCUCGCGUGUUCCGCAUGCACCUCAAGUUUGACCUCAAGGGUUCCACGUACAAGCGGCGGGCCUCCAAAAAGGAACGUGAGAAAUCCAGGCCCACCUUUAAAGAUCUGGACUUCAUGCAGGAUGUCUCAGAAGGCCUCAUGCUGGACACAGACACUUACAAUGCCCUGACCAAGACUCUGCAGAGAGACUGCUUGGUGCUGGAGAGCUUUAAGAUCAUGGACUACAGCUUGCUGCUGGGCGUGCACAACCUGGACCAGGCGGAGCGCGAGCAGCAGAUGGAGGGCUCGCAGGGCAGCGGCGACGAGAAGAGGCCGGCCCCCCAGCGCGCGCUCUACUCCACCGCCAUGGAGUCCAUCCAGGGAGGCGCGUCCUGCGGAGCGGCCAUCGACACGGAGGACACGAUGGGUGGAAUUCCUGCUGUCAGUGGGAAAGGAGAGAGACUCCUCCUCUUCAUUGGCAUCAUUGACAUUCUACAGUCAUACAGGCUCGUUAAGAAGCUGGAGCACACAUGGAAAGCGCUGGUUCAUGACGGGGACACAGUGUCGGUUCACAGGCCUGGCUUCUAUGCUGAGCGGUUUUUGAAGUUCAUGAACAGUAACGUGUUCAAGAAGAGCUCUUCUCUGAAGUCCUCACCCUCCAAAAGGGGCCGUGGGUCACUGGCGGUGCCCAAGUACACUGGCCCUGGGGCAGCCUGGUCAGCCAGCCAGCUCCCCUCCGAGCGAGACGAGAACAUCUAUGACCUGAGAGGGGCUCGUAGUUUCCCCGCCCUGGAAGACGAAGGGAAAGACUUCCACCCCUGCACCCCUCCCAUGUUUGAAGAGGCCACCACAGCCUCCAUCGCCACCACCCUCUCCUCCAACAACUCCAUCUCCAUCCCCGAGCGCUCGCCCUCGGACACCACAGAACACUCGCGCUACAGGAGGCAGGCCCAGUCACUGAGAGACUCAGAGGCCAGAUUGAAAGAAGUGGUGGACGUUCAUGAAGAAGAUAAUCAGACCAUCACUGUGCAUGUAGAAGUGAAGCAGGACAUAGAGGAGGUGGUAGAGAAAGAGAAAUGUACAGAAGAAAAGACAGAAGAAGGAGUGAAAGAAGAAGAGAAGAGAGAAGAGAAGGUGAAAGUGGAGAAAAGUGAAGUGGAGACCGCUGUUGAGCCCACACAACCUUCCUCAGAGAGCAGUGAGGUGGUCGAGUCUGAGGCUCGAGAAACAGCCAUUUUGGAGGAUGAUCCCUCACAGCCUGCCGAAUGCACUGCAUCCUCUGUUGUCAGCGAGGCUGCGGUCACCCAUGAGAAGAUACCCACACAGGCUUCAGCUACAGCCCCAUGGGACAGACCCAUAGAGAUGGUCACCCUGGUCCAGUCACCGCCAGCAGCCCCAGUGCAUGAGGAGAUGGCCACCCUGUUCCAGCCAGUGGCCGCAGUGCCAGUACACGCGGUGGCUCCCACCCCCCGGCCCGUGGCGGACUCGGAUGCACUAAGCCACCUGUCAGAGUCGGCCAGUCGCGGCUCACUGGAGGAGGAAGGCAUCACAGAUAUCUACUUUUUUGCGGAUGGGAGGUAUUGGGUGUACUCUCCUGUUUUGCGUCGGCGUAAACUCAACUCCAGCUCUAGCAGUUUUCAGCCUCCAGAGGAGAGGAGCUGGGUGUACUCCCCUCUGCACUACGGCUCAGAAUCUCAGCCUGUCUCAGACGGCGAGAUUGAGACAUAAAUCUCUAUGCAGUCCUGGAUGACCAGAUGGGAAACAGAAGAGCGGGGUUUGUGGCUUGUAAGCUCUGCAGGCAGAAAUGGUCAGAGAGCUCCCUGCUCUCCAGCAGGACGGCGUGUGCUAUAAAGACUGUGAUGGCUGGGGACACAGAGAUCAUCAAGAACAUCAGAACAAAAACAAAGCAAACGUCUAAUUACAGGAGAAAUUACUAGAGACACUGGGCCCUCCCCCUGUCAGGUGAUUGCCUGAACGACCCUUACAACCCCUCCCUUCAGUCCUUGAGGUACUCCGUAGAAACUCUUGUAGCCAAGAAUCUGUGUGAUGUGCAUGUUUGAUCCCCUACCCUUGACAUUGUCAGUGAAGAGGACAUGGCGCUAUUAGCACCACAAUGCACCCAUCAUCAACCAUUCCUCAGACCAAGACUGAGGUCGUCUUAACUGGACGUGAGCUGGCAUGCAGUCUAUGUACAUGCUGUUUUAUUAGUGUUAUUUAUUUAUUUGUGUGAGAGUGUGUUUUUAAAGCCACCUGUGACACAUCAGACAACAUACAACAGGAUUGUUGUUUUUUGUUUCAUGAAUGUUAGGAAAAAAAAAGGAGCAUCAUCAUGGCAAGCUGGUAGUGUUUAAACCGUGAAUCAGGUCUAUGCCAUGACAGGUUAUUUUCCCUCUUAAGAAACAGCUAUCAAGACUGCUGUUGGCUGCCUGGUUUCUGGAAUGUUAAUUCUGGAUGCGGAGACAGUAUCCAUGCAUAGCCAUAGUGUUUCAUGAGCAGAAAAGAGAACAGCCCAGUACCCAGGCUGAACAAGUGAUGCUGUCUCACUUUCACUAAGCAUUAUUUAGGCAUAAGCCUGUGUUAGAAAUAAGAUUAAGAUUAUUCUCAUGGUACUGUUUUUGUUAAGCUGUACUAUUUUAUCUGUUCAUUUUAUUUUGACACUGGUACAUUGCCCCAUAAUCAACACACUUGUUGUACUAUGUUGUCCAAAUAUUUUUGACUUGAUCACAAGUGUUUCAGGUGAUGACAUUUUGUAUUUCUUUUUCUUUUUUCUUUUUUUUACUAUUUAUUGUGUUUCUUAAAAUUACUUUGUAAUCAACACUGAUUGAGGUGAACACUCAAGGUCGUACUGUCCAAUCAGUUGAACAUAACAGAGUCACACAAGUUAUGUUAGAGUCUUAAUUCUGUUAAUUAAGCGUGUGUGCGUGCGUGCGUGCAUGCAUGUGUGUGUGUGAGAGAGAGGGGGGGUUAAAAAUGAUUAAAGACAUUUGUCACAUCCCUAUGUAGAACAUUCACUCUUUUUCCUUCUUUAUGGAUCCUCAGUGGAGUCAUUUUCUGAAGGUCAGUGCAAACACGGUAGCACUUUAUUUACUUCCUGCGUGACAUUUAUAAUUAUUUAUAUUCAUCUAUCUCAGCGAGCUUUGUAUAGAUUGUUUAUUAUCUUUUCUAUAUCCAUGGUAAGGGACAGAAUGCAUAAUGUUUAACAGACUGUCCAUGACUGUUACUGUCAAUGGCUUCAGGCCAUGUGUAGCGGUUAAGUGUUGUCAGUUUGUCAAUUCCAUAUUUUUUCCGUUGCCUUAUGGAGAGGGGGGAAAAGUUUUAGCAUCGUGUAGUUACCAUUGUGGUUGUUGAAUUUCUCAUGCUCACACACUAAUAACUGACAGUUGACUUGGUUAUGUGUAUAAAUAUUGUGUAUGAUGUUUUCAUUACUGUAUUGUAUAAACAUUUUUCUGUCUUUGUUCUUUGGCUGCAAACAAAAAAGUCAACAUCCAUUAAGUCAUUUUCUACAUGUAGUUUGUCACGUACUGUUCAUGUAAUCAGUGCUACUGGACAAUAGUGUAUAUGUAUAUAAAAAAAAAAGUCAGCUCUCUGGUGGUGAAAGUGUGUGUGUGUGUGUGUGUGUGUCAGGAGCGGGGGAAUCUGAUUAGACAUAUGAGUGAAUGUUGUGUCACGGAUGAACUGCAUGUAUUUUAUUACAGUAUCAUUCACUGGAAAAUGUAAUUUGACCUCCCCUGUCCAUCUAAGAAAUGGUGGCUAAAUCUGUGUGUACGGGGAUCAGCUGACUAUUGUGUAAAUGAAAAUCAAUAAAAACAUAUCGGUGAUAUCACACUA